AUGGCUCCGCGGUUCUCUUGGUCCCUCGCCACAUCAUGGCAUGCGCUCGCGAUCCUGGCACUUUGGCCGGCUUCAACCCUGGCUGGCGAUAAGUCUGCUGCCGACUACUACGUCCGUGAGCUGCCGGGACUUCCCAAGAAUUCUCCUCCGAUCAAGAUGCAUGCAGGUCACAUCGAGGUCACUCCUGAAACCAAUGGCAACUUGUUUUUCUGGCACUUUCAAAACAACCACAUUGCGAACCGGCAACGAACUGUCAUAUGGCUCAACGGUGGGCCAGGAUGUAGUUCCGAGGAUGGCGCCUUGAUGGAGGUUGGGCCUUACAGAGUUACAAAGGACAAUGCCUUGACCCUGAAUAACGGUACCUGGAAUGAAUUUGCAAAUUUGCUCUUUGUCGAUAAUCCGGUCGGCACAGGCUUCAGUUAUGUCGACACGAAUAGCUACAUUCAUGGGUUGAAUGCCAUGGCGACUCAGUUUAUUACGUUUUUGGAAAAGUUUUUCGCGCUUUUUCCAGAAUACCAGUCAGAUGAUCUCUACAUUGCUGGAGAGUCAUACGCUGGACAGCAUAUUCCCUAUAUUGCGAGAGCCAUCCUCGAUCGCAACAAGUCAAAAUCUCGCGCUGAAACAUGGAACCUCGGCGGUCUACUUAUUGGCAAUGGCUGGAUCUCUCCCCAAGACCAAUCCAGCGCAUACCUCAAAUUUAGUCUUGAAAGGGGCCUGAUUGAAAAGGGGUCAGAUAACGCCCAGCAGCUCCAACAAAUGCAGAGAAUCUGCGACAAGGAAAUGUCCAUCAACCCUGGACAUGUUGACUAUCCCGAGUGUGAGUCCAUUCUGAAUAAAAUUCUCGAACUUACCAGGGUGGGCUCUGGUGAUCAGGAGUGCAUCAACAUGUAUGAUGUCCGACUCCGUGACUCAGCUCCUUCCUGCGGCAUGAAUUGGCCUCCGGAUUUGAAGUAUGUCGGCCCUUAUUUGCGGCAGCCUCAGGUCAUUAGUGCGUUGAAUCUCGAUAAGCAACGAAACACUGGCUGGCAGGAGUGUAAUAGCAUGGUCAAUGCCAACUUCAGGAACCAGAACGCGACAGCCUCCAUCUCGCUACUCCCCGAUAUUCUGAAAGAGGUCCCUAUUCUUCUCUUCUCCGGAGCCGAGGACCUUAUUUGCAAUCACGUUGGUACAGAGGAGUUGAUUAGCAAUCUGGCAUGGAAUGAAGGCAAGGGUUUCGAGGUCACGCCAGGCAACUGGGCUCCCAGGAGGCAAUGGACCUUCGAGGGCGAGGUUGCUGGUUUUUGGCAGGAGGCUCGUAACCUCACCUAUGUUCUCUUCCAUAACGCGUCACACAUGGUCCCCUUUGACUACCCACGACGCUCACGAGAUAUGCUGGACCGCUUCAUGAAGGUCGACAUCAGCAGCAUUGGCGGUGAGCCGUCGGACAGUCGAAUUGAUGGCGAGAAGGGUCCAGACACCUCUGUCGGUGGAGCUAAGAACAACACCCAACAACAUGAAGAAGAGACAAAGCAGAAGCUGAAGGAAGCCCAGUGGCUUGCCUAUCAGCGAUCUGGUGAGGUCGUGCUAGUGAUUGUAAUCAUCGCUGCUUCGGUAUGGGGCUACUUCGUCUGGCGCCAACGACGCAAGGGUACAGCGUACUCUGCUUUGCAAAGCGACGAGGCCGCUGGCCAGUCGAGGACUGGUCUAGCUGCUUUCCAUAACCGUCAGAGUGAUCGUGACUUAGAAGCCGCUGCAUUCGACGAGACAACUGUCGACAACAUCCCCCUACAAGAGUCGAUUGGUCGUGGGGAGAGUAAAUAUAGCAUUGGAGACGACAGUGACGAGGAAGAGGGGGAGACCAACAAGACAUGA